AUGUACGAUUUCUUCAAAACACACAAGGAUAUGACUUUUAUGUGGGCGGAGACGAUUUUUUUGGAGCACUGGUGGCGCAAACAAAACCGCACUGUUCGCGAAGACGUCAGAGAAUGGAUAAGGCAGAAACGAUUUGAUUUGGUGACCGGUUCAUGGGUGAUGACAGAUGAGGCAAAUCCGUACUUCCCAGUCACUGUUGACAAUAUCGUUGAGGGAUUCCAGUUUAUCAAUAAAGAGUUCGGUGUGAAACCAUCGGUGCUGUUCUCCUUGGAUCCAUUUGGGCACAGUAAUUCUAUCGCUUAUCUCUACUCACAAGCAGGAAUUCAUCGAGAAGUGAUCAACAGAAUCUCCUCUGAUACAAAAGAGUUCCUUCGAGGCAUACAAGCGCAUCAAUUCAUUUGGAAACAGUACUUUGAUGAAAUUAGUGAAGAUGGUGUUUGGACGCAUGUAUUACCGUAUUCCCAUUACGAUAUUCCGUCAACAUGCGGACCAGAUCCUAGAAUAUGCUGUGAAAUCGAUGUCUUUCGCUAUUACAAGCACUACCCGUGCAGUGGUGAUGUAAAGCCAAUUGAUAAAGGAAACGUCCAGAUAAAGGCAAAGGGACUCAGCAAUCAACUUAUGGUAAUGUCAAAACAGUACGUUUCAAAUGUGGUCAUCAUGUUCUACGGAGACGAUUUCCGAUUCACUACACCCUUCGAAUGGAAAGUUCAAUAUGAAGCUCUCCGUUAUCUGUUUGACGAAAUCAACUCGAAGGAUCAGAUCCAGAUAGGAUUCGGUACGAUCAGCAAGUACUUUGACGAGUUGGAGGCAUGGUAUUCUGAGAAUGGAGUGCAACCGCCUGCUCUCAGAGGCGACUUCUUUCCUUAUGAAUCUCGGUCAAAAGAUGACCAACGCAUUUCGGCCAUACUUGACCGUGCUCGGAUUCUUGGUCUUCCUGUGAAGCGCCUGACGCACUCGCAAUUCGACAAAAUAACAGAUUUUCAGCUGCAUAACGGUAUCUGCUUGGAUGCCUCUCCUUUAUCUCUGGCUAGAGAGGUCAGUAGUAAUCAUCUCACCUCCAUCUACCUCGACAACGUUCUCGAUCCCGGUAAUCUUGGAGCAAUUGCUAGGAGUGCGACGUUCUUCGGUUGUUACCAGAUUGCAUUCUCUGAUGGCAGAGGACCGUCUCGGAUAACACCAGCUAUGUCUAAAGCCUCAUGUGGUGCGCUUGAGUCAUUUCGAGUCGCUCGGGUCCCUUCUUUUGCGCAUUUCCAUGAGAGUUUGAAAUCCGCAGGCGCGUCGUUCAUUGGUACUUCAGACGCUAGUUCUGCGCCCAGAUAUGGUAAA